GAGAAGCUCAGCUCAGUUCUCAGCCAAGGUCCUUCCAGGCAAGAUGAAUCCUACCAGCUUCUUCCUCCUUACAUUGCUCCUGGUUCUGGUGACAGAACCAGCUGCAGGGAGACCCCGUGACAGAUUUUCACAAACAUCUGAAGACCAGUAUUCUGGUGAAACCUCUGAAUUGACCACAGCAGGGGGCGGCCGGAGCGAGAACUCAUGGAGUUCCUUUAAACCAAGCGAGAACUCAUGGAGUUCCUUUAAACCAAGCGAGAACUCAUGGAGUUCCUUUAAACCAAGCGAGAACUCAUGGAGUUCCUUUAAACCAAGCGAGAACUCAUGGAGUUCCUUUAAACCAAGAGAGAACUCAUGGAGUUCCUUUAAACCAAGAAGUCCCGAAUACAGCCGGAGCGAGAAUUCAUGGAGUUCCUUUAAACCAAGAAGUCCCCAAGGCAACACGAAUGAAGAAUCCUAUGAGGAAAAGAAGUAUAAACAAACUGGUGAUGGGGGUCCCCGUGACAAGACAAGUUUAUCUGCAGGGGAGCUAGAGCGGUCUUAUACAGGGAAAAAGCAAAGGCAACGGUUUGCACAAGAAGUAGGCAAUUGAUAUGGCUAUGGACCUGCUGAAGACCUGGACCAAUAUGAAGGAGCCGCCUUGUUUGAAUGAAGCCUGUGAUGUCUUCAGGACAGAAACUCCCAUAAAUGGAUUUCACUUACUUCUCAUACUUGUGUUUGGAGAUUCCUAAACCUAACAUUCAUUAAAAUACUUUCUUUCCAAUAAAAAGACAACAUUCUGCAUAAUUAA